GGACUACUAACCUACUAGGUACCUGGAUGGAGAACACUCGCUAGCACUGCUCGGGACUGGCUCAGGUUGCUUUUCGUCAUUCAGGACAGUACUCGGUAGUACUCGUCCAGCCCAUCCUCUCUCCCCUCGACUCCUACCUUGCCUCGCCUUACCCAGAAACUCCACGCAAACGAAGUGCGAUCCGAGCCCAUUCCAGUCCCUCCGCGCGUCGGAACCAUCCGCACUCCGAGGCCUGCGUCCAGACGGGGGGCAAACAACCAAACCGGCCAAGAUGGGCUUCCUGGGCAUCUACCGCGCGCUCUACGACUACACGCCCAACGAGGAUGCCGAGCUUGCCAUCAAGGCGGGCGACCUGCUGUACAUCCUCGAGAAGAAUGACGACGACGGCUGGUGGAAGGCCAAGAAGAAGGCCGGCACCGACGACGAGGACGAGCCGACGGGCCUGAUCCCCAACAACUACGUUGAAAAGGCCGAGACCGUGGGCCACGCCCGUGCCAUUUACGAGUACACCCGCCAGACCGACGAGGAGCUGUCCUUCCCCGAAGAUGCCGCGCUCGAGGUCUUCGACACCAGCGACGAGGAUUGGAUCCUUGCUGGAUACGACGGCGAGUACGGCUUCGUCCCGGCAAAUUACAUCGAGCUCCAGGCUGCCGCUCCAGCCAGCGCACCGGCACCCCCAGCAGCUCCAGCGCUACCGCAGCGGCCGACAUCUCAGAGCAUCACCACCGACGACAGCACGCCCCUAUCUGAAGAUGUGCCCGCUGCCGCCUCUCCCGUCGCCGUUGCUCCGGCCGUUGCUCCAGCCGCAGACCCCGCUGCCGCCAUUGCCAACGUUAUGCAGAAUCGACAGUCCACAAAGGAACCAAUGACCAUCAGGUUCAAAGAGCCGGACUUGUCCGAUGAGGAAUCCAUCAGGUCUCCUGCGCUGCCCACGAGGCCUCGCCCACAGUCUCAGGCGUAUUCCGUCUCGUCGGAGCCACCCAGCAAGCCUGAGCGAACCGUCGAAUCCCAGCCCAAGGGACACCUCAUCCCCGGCAACUUUCACCUGUACAACAUCAACGAGAUGGUGUCGGUCAUGGGCAAGAAGAAGAAGAUGCCAACGACCCUGGGCAUCAAUCUCCAAACCGGCACGAUCCUCAUCGCCCCCGAGAGAGCCGAGAACGACCCCCCUCAGGAGUGGACUGCCGACAAGAUGACCCAUUACUCCCGCGAAGGCAAGCACGUCUUCAUGGAGCUUGUUCGCCCUAGCAAGAGUAUAGAUUUUCAUGCCGGAGCUAAGGACACUGCUGAAGAAAUUGUCGCCUCUCUCGGUGAGCUUGCAGGUGCUGCUCGAGCAGAAGGCAUCCGGGAAAUCAUUGCGGCAGGGUCUCAGAAGCGUCAAAAGAAGGGAACCAUUUUGUACGAUUUCAUGGCGCAAGGCGAGGACGAGGUGACUGUUGCUGCUGGCGAUGAGGUGGCCAUCAUUGAUGACACACGGAGCGAGGACUGGUGGAUGGUUCGCCGCUUGAAAAACGGCAAAGAAGGCGUUGUUCCCAGCAGCUACAUCGAGUUCUCCGGCACCAUCACGCCGCCGUCUGGAGGCCAGAUUCCCGCCAGGUCGAUGGUUGAGCAAAACCGCCUGGAAGAGAUACGGCUCACCAAGGAAGCAAUGAAGGCUAGCAGAGAGCCCCAGCAGGUAGGCCUUGGAACGCCUUUGCCUCGAAGAGGUAGCAGUCUCGUAGCUACGGACGAUGGUAACAUUUCGGCACAACAGCGACCUCGACGAGAGAAUGGACGAACCGACAGUGGCAGCCACUCUGCAAACAAGUCUAAACCUGAUCCCUCCAAAGUCCGGGUGUGGACAGAUCGAUCAAAGUCAUUCAGUGUCGAAGCGCAGUUCCUCGGACUCAAAGAUGGUAAACUGCACCUUCAUAAGAUGAACGGCGUCAAGAUCGCCGUACCGAUAGCAAAGAUGUCGCAUGAGGACCUCGUGUACGUCGAGAAUCUCACUGGCAUCUCCCUGGACGACGAAAGACCCCUGGCCGACGUCAAGCGAUCGAAACCUCCGGAGCAGAAGAAGGCUCCUGCUGUCGGGGCUUCCGUGGACAAGCCGGCUCGGCCAGAAUACGACUGGUUCCAGUUUUUCCUUUCUUGCGAUGUCGCUGUGGGCCUCUGUGAGCGCUACGCCCAGGCGUUCACCAGAGAUUCGAUGGAUGAGAGCGUCCUGCCAGACGUCGACGCCAGCGUCUUGCGGAACCUAGGCUUGCGGGAAGGAGAUAUCAUCAAGGUUAUGCGUACCCUGGAUGCCAAGUUUGGCCGGGAGCGCGGCAACAAGGUCAAUGGCGACGGCGACGGCGGUCUCUUCUCUGGUCCUGGCGGAGCUCUGCGGAACAACACAAGAAAGGGCCGACCCGCCCCUGCGGUCCAGACGGGCGAUGUGGUCGAUGCUGCCGUGUUCGCGACCAAGGAUGGAAACAGCACUGCCGAAACGGCCGCGAAACCGGCAUCUCCUCCGAGCCCUGCCAAGUCACCCAAACGUCCGGCGGGUGGAUUCGACGAUGACGCUUGGGAUGUGAAGCCUACGAAGCAGGAGCAGCAAACACAAGCGCAGCCGUCGGCGCCGCCGGCCGAGGCGCCUGCAAAGAACACGACUCCGGCUCCCGCUGCGGCCCCGGCCCCGGCCCCGGCUCCGGCUCCUGCGCCUGCUCCUCCGGCGCUCACUGGCUCCCUGCAGGAACUGUCGCUGUUGACAACGCCGUUGGAGCCAAGCAAGACGGAGCCCCAGCCCCAACCUGCGGCUCCUCUCGUGACCGACAGCAAGGCACCUGCACCAGCGCCCCAGCAGCCACCGUUGGGAGCAAGCCCGGCUUUCUUCUCAACGGUGCCACAGCCGAACCAGGUCCAGCCCUCUCUCACCGGGGUUCAUAUAUCUCCAAAGACACUGGGAAGACAACGCCCUAUCGCGCCGUCCAUUUCGCCGCCCGUGCAGGGGUCUCUUGGCGUUCCUCCGCCGCCGCAGCGGCCCCUUUCUGCUCCGCAGACGACUCUCCCCCAGGGCAUGUUUGCUGCCCCCGCGCUCGUGCCCCAGGUCACCGGCCUCGUCCAGGGCCAAGUUGCGCCGCCGGGACAGAGCCUCAGCGACCUUGCCCAGGCCCGGCUGCAACAGCAAUAUGCUGCGCAGAUGCAAGCCAUGCAGCCCAUGCAGCCCAUGCAGCCAAUGCUCACGGGAUACGUCGGACCGCAGCCGCAAGGCCUGGGUCCAUUUCCUCAAGGAGCUCCUGCGCCGUACCUACAGCCCAUGAUGACCGGCGCCCCUGGCUAUAUUGACCCAAGCCGCAUGAGCCAGUAUGGUGGGCUUCAACCGCAGCCGACCGGCUUCCAGCCAGGGCUGGGGCAGUCUCCCUUUGGCAGCGGAAGCAUCAACAACUUCCUCCCGCCGCCUCUACAGCCACAACCGACUGGCUUCCAGAGUCUGCAGCCGCAGCCGACGGGGGCUACGAAUGAGCUGAAGCCACCCAUGCAGCCUCUUGUCCCGCAGAAGACGGGGCCUCCUCCGCCCGUCCGGUUCGGCGUCACGCCAGAGACGAAGAAGCUCACUCCCCAGGCAACCGGCCGCCGGGCCAACCUGGCGCAAGCG